AUGCUCCGAGCCAAGCGCCAAAACACUCAGCCUUUGGAGGAUUCCUCUGUGGCCCCCGAAACCUUCACUGACGGUCUCCCACUCCCAAAAUUGAUCGCUUUUGACCUGGACUACACCUUGUGGCCGUUCUGGGUCGACACACAUGUCAGCGCCCCAGUCAAGGCACGUGACAACAACUCGCGCGCAGUCGACCGUUGGGGAGAGUCCUUCGCCUUCUAUCCGGCGGUUUCAUCCAUAGUCUACGCCUGCAAACAUCGCUCGAUUCCGCUGGCCCUUGCAUCUCGAACUCAAACCCCUGAUCUCGCGCGCGACAUGCUCAAAUCCUUGCAUAUCAUCCCCACUUUCUCCGAUAACCCCGCUGCGAACGCAAAGACCAUCCGUGCCCUCGAUUACUUUGAUUUUAUCCAGAUCUACCCCGGGAAUAAGACGUCGCAUUUCUCUAAAAUCCAACAGACGAGUGGUGUUGCUUAUGAGGACAUGCUGUUCUUCGAUGAUGAGGCGCGGAACCGGAACGUGGAGACGGAGUUGGGCGUCACAUUUUGCUUGGUGCGCGAUGGGAUUACCAGGGAUGAGGUCGACCGGGGCGUUAGAGCUUGGAGAAAGCGCAAUGGUAUCAAGCAAGAGACCGCGGAGGAAUCAUGA